UUUUUCUUUUUUUUUCCUUUUGUUUGUAUUAUUUAUUCAUUACUGUCUUUAACAUCAUUUAUUUUAUACAAAUUUAUCAAUGGGAAAUAGUCCAAUGUCCAUAUCUUCCAUACAGUUGUCUUCGCCAUUACCGUCUCCUUCUGCUACACCAAACCGACAGAAUGCUUCUCACCAACAUAGUCAACAAGCAUUGCAACAACCUAGUAUUGAAACUACAACUACUAUUACUACAAAUACUAUCAAUACCACCACUACUAUACAAGAUUCUCAAUCAACUCAAAAUACAGUUUUAUUACCUCCUCUUGUAUUCAAUCCUCCUAUGCAAUCUCAUAUUUCAAUAUACCCUCUUGCUGAAACACCUACUCCACCUGAAUUGAAAAGAAUCAAGUUCAGUAUUGACAAUCAACCGACAUUAUUACAAGAAGUAGAAACCAAAGAUUCCUUUUUAUUGGAUACUCAUCAUGAAACUACCUAUUCUACUGGUCAUAAUUUCAAAAAUCUCUCAACAAAUACUGAUCAUUCACAACGAAAACGCCCAGCCCCCGAUCAUCUUGGAAAUACACGAACCAUCUUUCACGAUGAUUGGUCUCCUCCCCACAAAAAACUCAACGACUCUUCAACUCCAAUCGUGGAUACCAUUCACUUGACCACCGAAUCAAAUGACAUUACUCCUGCAUCAUUGACAGAUACGAACGCCACCUCUGCUACUACAACCAAUCCUUCUGCCAAUACUUCCAAUUCCUCUCCUGCUCAACCUUUGACUUCUUGGCUUCCAGAAUUUGCUGCUCAUUUACCAUCAACUGACACUAUGGAACAAACUAUGGAUGAUAGUCCAAAUUCUGCUUUACCAUCUCCUGUCUCUGAUCUGGAUCCCAAUGAUGAAAACUGGUUGCCAACUUCUCAACAUUCUUCUUCUUCUUCUUUUGAAUCUCCAAUCAUUACUUCUCAUCCUCAUUCAACAAACCCAACAAUGGCAACAACUGCAACUACAACAACAACAACAUCAUCAUCAUCAACAAUGGAAUCAACAACAAUGAUGGAUAUUGUGAAUGAAGAUGAAAUGGAUGAAGAUACGGAUGAUGGUAUCUCUUCUUUAUUACGAACUUAUGAUACCCUUCCUUCCAAUAUUCAAGAAUAUCUGAUGUUCCAACUCCUUCGACGGUCUACUAUGCCCUCUCUACGAUUUGCUAGUGAUAUGAUUAUGGAGGCUAUGAAAAUGGAUUUUAUUGCUCAUUUACCUCGGCGUAUCUCUCAACGUAUUUUUCUAUAUCUGGACGUUCGUUCAUUAUGUCGGGCCACUGGUGUAUCCAAACUAUGGAAACGUGCCAUUGAAGAAAACUCGGAUUUAUGGAGAGCCAAAAUUGUACAAGCUGGAUUCACUGUUACUGCAACUGAAAUCGAAUAUUAUGGAUUAUUACCCACUCAUCUCUAUCAUCAACAAGUCUCCUCAUCAUCAGCAUCAUCAUCAUCAGCAUCUUCAUCGUCAUCAUCAACAUCAUCAUCUUCGUCAGCGACAGCAGCAGUAUCGGCAUCAUCCAAAUCAACAACGACAAGAACAUCAAACAAUCUGGCAACAUCACCAUUCUUAUCUCCUAUCAAAGAAAUGACCCAUGAUAGUCUUGGUGUAGAUUUUUUGGAUCAACCUCUAUUCGACACUUCUUUAUUAAAUGCCUCUGACGACCCAACUUUACUCUAUCGUAGAUCGUUUGCUAUGCCUGAUUACGACAAUAUACCUGAUCCCGAUCAUCCAUUUACUCCCGAUAUGGAAUCUACAAUACAUCCAUUCAAGCGUAUAUACAAGAAACACCAUAUUAUGCGACAGAAUUGGAAACAUAAUCGAGUCAAACGACAACAAGUGAGUGGCCAUGGCGAUGUAGUGACUUGUUUACAAUUCGAUGACGACAAGAUUAUUACUGGAUUUGACGACAAUUGCAUUAACAUUCAUGAUAUCAAAACAGGACAAUUACGGCGAGUCUUACAUGGGCAUGAAGGUGGUGUAUGGGCUUUGCAGUAUGUCGGCAACACAUUAGUCACAGGUUCCACUGAUCGAACAUUACGCAUUUGGGAUAUUGAACGAGGAAUUUGUCGAUUUGUUUUCCGUGGCCAUUCAAGUACGGUACGAUGCCUUCAUAUUGUCAUGCCAACUGCUAUAUCUACAGGACCUGGUAAGGAUGACUUUGUUAUGCAACCUUCUCAACCUUUGAUUGUCAGUGGAUCUCGAGACUCGACAUUACGUGUUUGGAAAUUACCUUAUUUACCAGCUAGAUCAUCCUAUAAUCAACAUCAAUCUACACAACAACAACAACAAUUGCAACAACAAUCAUUACAGCAAUCAUCAAUCCAAUCUCGUUCUUCAUCCCAGUACUUGAACAAUGAUGAUUCUUUUAUAUUUGAUGGACGACAAUCAAAAGGACCUAUGAUGGAUGAAGAUGACAUUGACAACAUCACCCAACCUCAAUCUUUUGCAUCGUCACAUCCUUUUGCCAGCGGUAUCUUACCAACAACGGAAGCAAGUUUCCAACCACCACUACAACAACAACAACAACAGACAUCUUCUUCAUCUACAUCUCAACAUUAUCAUCAAUAUCAACAAUCUCAAGAACAUUACUUCAAUCCAUUCUUUCUCUACCUUUUACGAGGUCAUCAACAUUCUGUACGUGCACUGGCAGCCCAUGGCAAUACAUUAGCAAGUGGCAGUUAUGACAAUAGUGUGAAACUAUGGAAUUUGGAAGAUGGGGAAUUGAUCCAUGAUUUGAAAGGUCAUACGCAAAAGGUUUAUUCGGUGGUGAUUGAUGCUCAACGUCAACGAUGUAUCAGUGGCAGCAUGGACUCUACUAUUCGAGUUUGGAAUAUGGUGACUGGACAGUGUGAUAUGGUUUUACGAGGACAUACUAUCUUGGUUGGAUUACUUGGUUUUACAGAAAGAUACCUUGUCAGUGCAGCUGCAGAUGCUUCACUUCGAAUAUGGUCUGUGGAUUCUGAUGAAUGUCAUCAUAUUCUUGUCGGUCACAAAGGUGCCAUUACUUCUUUCCAACAUGAUGAUCAUAAAGUGAUUUCCGGUUCUGAAGGUGGAUUGAAAAUGUGGGAUAUCCGAACUGGCAAACUUGUACGAGACCUGAUCAGUGAUGUCAAUGGUGUAUGGCGUGUGGCAUUUGAUGAAAGACGUUGCGUAGCUGCCGUGAAAAGUGACAACACAACUCGACUGGAAAUCUUGGAUUAUGGAACAGAUACCGAAGAAGAUGAUUGUUGAUCCUAGUUAUUCUAUUGUACAUCAUUCUUGUUGUUACUCUCCCUUUUUUUUUUUUUUUUUU